AUGAUUGAGAUUGAGAUUAAGGGGCACUAUGGCCAAUUCAUCAAGGGUUAUUUGCGAAGGAUAGUUGAAGAAAAAGGAGUGAUUGUAUACGCGGAUGAUCCGUCGACGGAGGAAUUGAUACCUCUAAGCGAACUCCGUCUUCCGCCCACCGAAAACCCGGAUAUUUUGGCUUUGAGUCCACAACUACGGGUUGAGGCUUUGCUACCCGUGACAGUGCAAGAAGACCCACAGGAUAACAGCUUCACUGAAGCUUUGGCCAAUCUACAAAUAUCCCAAACUACUCAACAGCCAACUGCUACCUCGCGGUUGGCAAAUCCGUUUGCUUGUUUGAAUUGUCCCUCCUGGUGGCCGUGCGUAGUUACUAAGGUCCGAGAUGCUCACGCAGUAGUUCAGUUGCGGCCUGUGUUGCCGGUUGCAGAUGAGUCAGCGCCGCCGCCUCCAAAGGAAUACACUGAGCUUGCUACCAACCUCUCCGCUAUGACGGAGAUAUGUGAGCGCAAAAUGCUUCGUCCCGCCACACCGUCUGAUGCCCCCACCCUUAGCCCCGACGUCCUCUUUACACAUAAAAUCACCAUACCCCAGGACCUCUUACCCUAUGCCUCGGAUCUUGCAGUACACGAUAGUAUUCAGCGUCAUUGUGGUGGUCCAGUAAGCCUCUCCUUCGAAGAAGACCGCCUGGUCGUCCUUUCUACCUCAUGUGAGACGAUAAGGAUAGUUGGUCUCCUCGAGGAGAUGCAUCUUCGCAUGUUGCGCCAAAAGCAUGGCAUCAUACGUUACAUCAAUCAAGCAAAAAAGUAUCACGACGGUCUGGGCGGGCUCAAGGAUGGGUCAGCCGUGGGCAGUGGUGUUGACGGUAGCACUUGGUCCUCUGGAGACGAAGGGUCAUUUGUCGAGAUCUUCAGUGUGCCGAGUUCUCUCAUGGGCCUGGCUAUCGGUGCACAAGGGGCUAACAUUCGCGCAGCACGCUCAAUCGCCGGUGUCCUGCGCAUCGAUGUGCGUGAAUCGGUUCCGCAGCGGAAUGGUCCAGCUUUUACCCCCUCUACGUCCACUGCUUCCGCUGAUUCGGAGGUCCAGAUUGCCCAGGACCCCAUGGGGAAUUCCUCCUUCUCCGACCAACCACUGGCACACUUCAAAGUGGUUGCUGAGACCGCGGAAGCAGCUAAGGCUGCAAGAGCGGCGCUGGAGUUCUGUCAGGUGUGUCUCCUAGUGCCCAAGCGUCUGAUUGGUCGGGUGUUGGGCAACCGUACCAACAACAUCGUGGCUAUCAACGAGAAAUCGGGUGUACGUCAUAUUUAUUUGGAGAGCGACCCUAGACGCCUUCCUAAAGUCGCGGAUCAAGAAUCUACUUCUGACGGUCGUCCUCCUUACUGCAUGAAGGUUGAGGACAAGCACCCAGAACUGGCGUCUCCGGCGGAGAAGGAUACGGUAUCCGGUUUCUUCAUCGUCGGCACUCGUGAUGCCGUUGAUAAAGCGAGGUUGCUUAUUACUUUCCAGAUUGAGUGCAUCUUUGAUUUGGAGAAAUUAGAGGCGGAAAAGUUGGGCCUCCUGAGGGAGCUACCAGUACGUGGUGGCGGUGGGCCAUUCUAUGGAGGCAUUCAACACGAGAUGAACCACCAGGAAAAUGGCGGACCGCAACGGGGCGGGCCUCACAGUGGUGGAGGGGGUCCUCGUGCUCCACCGCCGCGUGGCGUUGGUGCCGGAGAUCCCUACCACGAGGAGGUUCAACGUGUUGGCAACCAGCAAACAAUGAACCGCGGUGCUGGUGGUGGCGGUGGACGACGCGCAGGUCGCCAGCCCCCACGGUCCUCCGGCGACGUUUCUGACGGGCAGCGUGGAAGCGCCUCACCCCAUCAGGAGGGCUCUGCUGCCGUCGGUGUGGUAAUUGACGAGAAGAAGGCCCCUGAUGAGUCGUCGUCCGCUUCAACAAUGGGACGUCGUCGAGGUGGUGUAGGAGGUGGAAGUGGUCCUGGACCAGCGGGCGCUCAGCGAGGUGGCGGUGCCCGUCAGCGCAAUCGAGUCGGUCCGCGUGGUGGCAACCGUGCUGGUAGCGGCAGUCUUGCUGGCACGGCUGUUCAUGCGGAGCAAAGCGCUGAUGAGCACAAUGGAGUUGCAGCGACGGCGAACGGAGCCGACUCCAGUGGCCCAAAAAAGGAUAUGCACAACGAAAACAGCGCUCCAGCUCAGCGGAACGGAAAACGCCACCCUGUCAACAGUACCACUGAGGGAAUGCCCGCAGCAAUGCACAAGUGA